AUGGCUCUUGCUUAUUUGGCUUGGGAACAGAUUUUUUUGGAAGAAAGAGUUCUUAUAAUCGGAAGACGUUUAGAAAGAAGAAUACUUAGGGAUGGUCAAAACCCUUUUGAAUUACCGAAUGAUGAAUUCAUGGGUGCAUUUCGUUUGAGCCAACAAUUGGUUAUAAAUAUAAUUGAUGUAUUGAGGACAUCAUUACAGCAUAAAAGAACAUCUGGAUUAUCUCCUGAAUUACAAGUGUUAGUUUGUCUUCAUUUUUAUGCACAAGGGAGUUACCAAAAAGGAUUAGGUGGUAAUAGUAUAUUAAAUAUUAGCCAACCUUCUGUUAGUCGAUGCAUACAUUAUGUUACUGAAGCUAUUAAUCAGCGUCUGUUACGAAAAUGGAUUAAAUUUCCAAUGACUAGUGCUGAAAGACAAAGAGCUCGAGAAAAUUUUGCACACGCUCCUCAACCAUUUGAAGGUACAAUUGGUGCCAUUGAUUGUACAUACAUACAUAUACUUGCUCCUCGGCAACAUGAAGAAGCAUAUGUUAACCAUCAUGGUAAACAUUCAUUAAAUGUGCAAGCUGUAAGAUAA